CAAGCCCAUGCCUUUAAUAGACUGGUAGUUGACCCACUUUCUCAAACAGCUUCAAAUCACUGAACUUCGAACCCAAGCAAGCAAAGUAACCAUGGACGAAGCUGAGCAGGAAGUAGAGAACCAACAUCUUCUCCCGCCGCUAGAAGCUCUGAAGAAAGCUUCUAAAAACCUACAAAGCAACCCCAUUUCAAUUAUAUACAACAAUUACGACAUAAGCACCGCCAUUGAAGCUCUUCUAGAGCUCGGAACCAAAGCCGACCCCGUUAUUUCCAUAGACCCAAGUCUCUUCAAGCUCAAUCAGUUGCUCAGCAACCUCAAAACCCUUUUCGAAAAGCUCGAAAAACUGCAGGGCUAUGGCCUCCGGUCCCUCCUCCACCGCCAAAUCACCAAUUACAAAAUUUCCCAAAUUGGGUACGCCAUGGAAGCAGAGAUUCAAGCGUACGUAGAUCAGAAAAACGUACAAAGUUUUGUGAAAACUAUGGAAGAGUCUGUCGAAGACGAUAAAAAGGUGAAGGCUUUGAUGGGUUUAGAGAACAGGUUGGGCCAAGGGUUUGAUAAACAGUAUCAGCAGUUAAUUUUGAGAGCAAAGGUAUUUUCUUUUCUUGAAUUUAUGGUUUGUGACUCAAAGUUUUCGAAUUGGGUUCGAGACCAAGCUGCUCUUGCUGUUCUUGGUCUGGUUAAAUUCAAUAAGGAUGUUUUUGUGGGAUUGGUGCUGAUGGGUCCGAUUGUUAGAGCUUUAAUUCAAAUGGGUUCAUCUUGUUCGAUUCAAGUCCUCACUGGACUAGUCAAAAUCAUCAGAACCCCUCUGGUUGAUGACAUCAAUGGAGAAAUCCCAAGAAUUAUCAGCCUCCUGGGCUCUGAAGACUUGUCAACUAAAGCUGCAGCCAUGAAUUGCCUUCUUGAAAUUGCGAUUUUGGGCAGAGAGGAAGUGAUUGGUUUAAUGCUUGAAGAGGACCUGAUCAAGAAGCUUAUGGGUGUGCAGAGAUUGGAGGUGGGUUUGCAGUCCAAUGAGGACGAAAAUGGAAGUGUUUGUGCGGAGGAGAGAGAGCCAAAAAUGGAGGAAAGUGUGGAGAAAUUUCCAUUUUCAAGGUGUGUGGCAAGUUUUGCAGUGCAAGUGGAAGUUGGGGAAGGAUUGGAGCAGGGUGAGAAAAGAGCUUUUAAAUUGGAAAUACUGAAGAGAGUGAGAGAGGCCUCUGUUUCUGAUGCAGAGGCAGCUACUGUUGUUGCAGAGGUGCUUGAUUAUGUCAGUGUGGUCGACCGUUGCACCUGUUAG